AUGUCCACGCUCUCAUCAAACUGGAAAAAGCUCCAAGCCGUACUAAAAGGCGACUCGCCCGCGGCUCCAAAGAGGAAAGCAGACGACGACGGCAAGGCAGGAUCGAAGACGAAGAAACAAAAAAAGGGUCCCAUAGCGGUUCCCAAGUCGACCAGAAGAAUCAAUUUCCCCAAACCCGAAGGGCCAGGCCAUCUCUAUCCUUCACCCAUCAUGGGCAACACGCAAUCGUCCAAAAUCGACCCGAUCCCGCCCGAGCGUGGCGUGGCGCCCUCCCUAUCCAUCUGGGCAGGCGGCGAGGUGACCACCCUAGAAUCGAUCGCGGAAGCGUACAAGCUAGGCCUCAAAUUCGACGACUCGCCCGUGCGGGUAAACGAAGGGCUGGUACCAGGCCUCGAGCUGGGCAAGUACGUGGCGAUCGACUGCGAGAUGGUCGGCGUGGGCCACGAAGGGCGGGUGGACUCGCUGGCGCGGGUCAGCGCGGUGGAUUUCCUGGGCCAGCAGAUAUACGACUCGUACGUGCUGCAGCGGGAGAAGGUGGUGGACUGGCGGACCAAGGUCAGCGGGGUCGCGCCGCGGCAUAUGAAAGAGGCGCGGCCGUUUGAAGAGGUGCAGGCGCAAAUAAUGGCGGUGCUGCGGGGCCGGGUGUUGAUCGGGCACGAUGUGAAGCACGACCUGCUCGCGCUAGAGAUCAAGCACAUCGACAGCAUGAUCCGGGACACGUCGCGGCACGCGGGGUUCCAAAAGUACGCGUGGGGCCCGCGACCGUCGCUGCGGGUGUUGGCGCAGGAGCUGCUCGGGGUGGAGAUUCAGAAGGGGGAACACUCGAGUCUGGAGGAUGCGCGGGUGGCCAUGUUGUUGUUCCGGACACACAAAACGGCGUUCGACAUGGAACACCUGCGGCGGUUUCCACAGCCGAAGAAGAAACCGAACAAAAAGGAUCAGCCGAAGUCCUCGAAGACUACCAGAAGGUUGUCCGACUUCGAGAAGAAGAAGGGAAUCAAAGCGAAAGCGAACGCGCGGGCAAAGGCGAAGAAGUCAAGGGGGAAGAAACGGUGA